UUGUCAGUUGCUCCUUUUUUUAGUUUUUGCACUCUCUUUCCAUGCUUCUCUAAAACUCUCUCCCCCUCUAGCGAAAGACACAGUCCAGAAUUCAUAGAAUUUUCAGACAUAAACUUCAAGCUCUGCUUUUGCAAUGGAGAAACAUAGGUGUAAGUUAUGCUUCAAGAGCUUUGUAAAUGGAAGAGCUUUGGGUGGUCAUAUGAGGUCUCAUAUGUUGAAUCUUCCAGUUCCUUCCAAGGUCGAAGAACCAAUGAAUCAACCCAGUCAAGAGUCCGACGCAGCAUCAGCUUCGUAUUCAUCGUCUUCAUCUGAUGAAGAAGAAGAGCAGAAAAAGGGCCAGUUUUAUGGGCUUAGAGAGAACCCAAAGAGAAGUAUUCGCAUGGUAGAUCCUGAGUUUGUGGAUGCUGGCUCGGUUGUUCUUCAAGACAGAGAAAGCGAGACCGAGUCGUCUAGGAACCCAACUCGGAAACGAUCUAAACGGACUCGGAAAAUACUAGACCAGCAACAACAACAAGAUGAUGAUGAUGAUGAUGAUGAUGAUGAAGAAACAAAGAAGCUUAAAGUUAAUAUCAACCAACUGAGUAAGACCGAGUCUUGGGCUGAACCUGAACCGGUGAGUUCCAUCUCUGAUACAACAACUGAAGAAGAUGUCGCUUUCUGUCUUAUGAUGCUUUCAAGGGACCAAUGGAAAAGUAAAGUACGUGAAGACCGCGAUGAAGACGAGGACGAUGAAGAAGAUGAAGAAGAAAGUGAUGAAUCAGAAGGGUACAUCAAAUUAAGCAAGGUUAAUAAUAGAACAGCUCGGGCAAAGUACAGAUGUGAAACGUGCAACAAGGUUUUUAAAUCGUACCAAGCACUGGGUGGGCACAGAGCGAGUCACAAAAAGAUCAAAGCCAACCCGGCCGCAGCAACUUACGAAACAGAGUUGAAACCAGAAAAUGUGGCUACUUGUUCAAUGGCAGAAAAGAAAGUCCAUGAAUGCCCUGUUUGUUUUAGAGUGUUCUCAUCUGGACAGGCUCUGGGUGGACAUAAAAGAUCUCAUAUAACCGGUCAAGUAGCAGAAACAACAACCAAAACAGCAGUUAAAAGUUCCAAAAAGUUGGGAAAUAGUAUGAUAGAUCUUAACCUUCCUGCUCCAGUCGAUGACGAUGAUGCUAGCCAAAUUGAACUUUCCGCCGUGUCUGAUGCUGAAUUUGUCAAGUGAUGUGGAGGAUUUAUCGUCUCUGUUUCACAGCAAUGUUUGAUCCAAAGGUAAACAAAUUUUGGUUGCUUAUUACCUAUGUUUGGGAUCUAAGAUUUUUUUCUCCAGAUUCUUCUACUCUGUUUCUAACUGUAAUUCUUUUCUCUGAAUUUGUCUUUUAAGUGCUGUUUGUAACAACUGAUCAUUAUAACCCUAUUUCACCACAGACCAAA